AUGUGUGGAAGUAGAUGUGAAGUCGUUCAGGAGAUUAUGUGUGGAAGUAGAUGUGAAAUCGUGGAUGGGAGGAUGUGUGGAAGGAGAUGUGAAGUCGUUCAGGUGAUUAUGUGUGGAAGUAGAUGUGAAGUCGUUCAGGAGAUUAUGUGUGGAAGUAGAUGUGAAAUCGUGGAUGGGAGGAUGUGUGGAAGUAGAUGUGAAGUCGUUCAGGAGAUUAUGUGUGGAAGUAGAUGUGAAAUCGUGGAUGGGAGGAUGUGUGGAAGGAGAUGUGAAGUCGUUCAGGUGAUUAUGUGUGGAAGUAGAUGUGAAGUCGUUCAGGAGAUUAUGUGUGGAAGUAGAUGUGAAAUCGUGGAUGGGAGGAUGUGUGGAAGUAGAUGUGAAGUCGUUCAGGAGAUUAUGUGUGGAAGUAGAUGUGAAAUCGUGGAUGGGAGGAUGUGUAGAAGGAGAUGUGAAGUCGUUCAGGUGAUUAUGUGUGGAAGUAGAUGUGAUGUCGUUCAGGAGAUUAUGUGUGAAAGUAGAUGUGAAGUUCAGGAGAUUAUGUGUGGAAGUAGAUGUGAAGUCGUUCAGGAGAUUAUGUGUGGAAGUAGAUGUGAAGUUCAGGAGAUUAUGUGUGGAAGUAGAUGUGAAGUCGUUCAGGAGAUUAUGUGUGGAAGUAAAUGUGAAAUCGUCCAGGAGAUGAUGUGUGGAAGGAGAUGUGAAGUCGUUCAGGAGAUUAUGUGUGGAAGAAGAUGUAAAGUCGUGGAUGGGAGGAUGUGUGGAAGUAGAUGUGAAAUCGUUCAGGAGAUGAUGUGUGGAAGUAGAUGUGAAGUCGUUCAGGAGAUGAUGUGUGGAAGUAGAUGUGAAGUCGUGGAUGGGAGGAUGUGUGGAAGUAGAUGUGAAGUCGUUCAGGAGAUGAUGUGUGGAAGCAGAUGUGAAGUCGUGGAUGGGAAGAUAUGUGGAAGUACAUGUGAAGUCGUUCAGGAGAUGAUGUGUGGAAGUAGAUGUGAAGUCGUUCAGGAGAUGAUGUGUGGAAGUAGAUGUGAAGUCGUUCAGGAGAUGAUGUGUGGAAGUAGAUGUGAAGUCUUCAGGAGAAGAUGUGUGGAAGUAGAUGUGAAGUCGUUCAGGAGAAGAUGUGUGGAAGUAGAUGUGAAAUCGUGGAUGGGAGGAUGUGUGGAAGUAGAUGUGAAGUCGUUCAGGAGAUUAUGUGUGGAAGUAGAUGUGAAAUCGUGGAUGGGAGGAUGUGUGGAAGGAGAUGUGAAGUCGUUCAGGUGA